AGAGAGGGGAAAUGAAACAGUAAGCACGAUUGUGCCUGCACCACAGAUCCACUCUGUCCUGGAGUAAUGCAAAAAGGAAGGAGCUCGUAGGAACAACGGGAUACCACUGAAGCCUGCUUUGAGUUUCAACCUUAUCUUUUUCAUCUAUAAUCGGACGGUACUGGAUAAUUCAUAAGCCUCUCCCUCCAGCUCUGCGUGUGGAGAGAGAGGGGCACUGAGAGCACUCCACCAUGUGUCCUGCUGCUGUCAGUGCAGGUGCUCUGCUGCUGUUGGCUGUGCUCGGCUCAGGCCUCUCUCCAGCUCAGGCCUCAGACUUCACACAGUGCAGCCACAGCUUCUACAAACAGAGCCCACCCGGGGGCAGCAACGAUGGGCCCCUAAAGCCUCUGUGCCACUCCAGACCUGGGGGGCAGUCAUUCGCCACUUUGUACCAGCCAACCUGCGGCAGUCCUGUCUACUCUGCCUUCCAUCUCACCAAUGGGCUGGCAGCUAGCACAACAGAAGAAGGAGCAGAGCCUGUGACUACAGAAGAGGAAAGUGUCAAAGUGUUGGUCCCAGCUCUGCUCAAAGGGGACAAUGAAAAGUCAGAAUUGCCUCCUGCAGCCUCCCAUCUGCAGCUGUGGGAUUCAGCCAUCACCACUUUGGUCCAGACAAGCAUCGCUCCCCAGUGUCAGACCUCAGGGGGAGAUCUUUAUGUCCUGAUUGGAGCCGGGCGACUGGGGGCUGUGGAAAAAGAAGAUUGUGAGACGAAGCUGCUGUGGUCGGCUGUCUGCUGUGCUGCACCAGAAGGCAAAGACAGCUCCAGUGUGGCCUUCAUCAGCGACACAGAGGGAGGGCAGAGGCAAGUGUCUGUGAAAGAGCUGGAGGACCUGUUAGGAGUGACUGAACUGUUCUCUGAGGGCUGUGGAGGACAGAAUGGAGGAGUUAUUGCAGAGAUUUCUCAGCAUGAAGCCAACACUUUGAGUGCAGUAGCUUCAGAGACUGCUACUGCUGAAGAUACAGAAACUAAUGAAGUGAAUACUGCCGAUAGCGAACAAAAUCCUGACACUGAAUCAACCAAUGAGCAGACGGAGGGCAGCACUGAGUCUCAGGUGGAGACUCAAAAAAGAUCUGUAGUCGAUGAAUCUGCAAAAACAGAUCAAAUUUCACCUGACAAUGAAGAAUCAAAAGUGACGUCCUCUGAGUCCACCCCAUCAGACGCCACUUUGAGCUCGGAGACGGUGGAGGAGCAGAAGGCAGACGAUAACUCCACCAGUAUUUUCUUCUACAUCCUCUCCACCACUCUGUCCAUUCUCAAGGCCCCUCUGCAUCCGGUGGUGUCAACAAUCACUGGACUGCCCGGACAGGUUUCAUAUGUUCUCCAAGAGGAUCUGGGUGUUCUCUCUGCUUUGCCUGGAGACACCUACUCUGUCUUCCACCUGCUGAUCUCAGACGUGUUUUCUUGGAUUCGCUCUGUUUUCAACCUGGUUUACGACAUAGGAGAGGCGUGCUUCUCCCGAAUUUAUUACUGCACUUCCUCAAUGGGGGAGGCCCUCUUCAGUAGCUGUUACACUGGUGUUACUGGGAUUGGGACAUUAGCUGGUGAUACAUUGGGAAUAUUUGGGGACAUGUUUGAUAAUUCCUGGUGGCUAACAAAGGUUUUUGGAGGUAGGUUAGUGGAGCAGAGUGGGGAUUAUGUUGGGACAGUUGUGGGAGAGUUGGGGAGCCAGACAAGCGCUGUAGGUAGUGGGUUUGGAAGAUUAGCCUGGAAAAGUGGGAAUGGGGUAGGAUAUUGUUUUAAAGUAGUAUGGAGAAUUGUAAAAGGUCUAUUUGAUAUUACAUUUGGCAUUAUCGGAGAUACUUUCGAACGAGACUCAGACAGAAAUGAAGAGACAUUUGACAUCGCUGCUGCUGUGCUUCCAGAACGAACAGACUAAUAUUUACAGUAUUUACAAAAUUAAUGCACUGUCCCAUAAAGUAACAAUGUAGGCUGCGUUCACACUGCGUUCUUGGUUUGGUUCUGUUUUGGUUUUGGUCCUGGUUUGGUCCUGGGAUUGGCAUGGUCUAUUCUCUGGUUUAGUUCUGGGGUUCACAGUUUUGGUGCAGUGUGUGUUGUGUUGUGUGUGGGGGGUCUCUUUUUUGUGUGUGUGUGUGUGUGUGUGUGUGUGUGGGCGUGUCGUUUAUCACAUUAUGAGACUAAAAUCUGUACACUCAAUUAGAGACAAAAAUCUGGCCCCAUAACCUAAAUACUUUAUUAUUAGAUUAGUCAGUGUUAUGUGCCUAAGAAGCAUGGAAAGUGUGUGUUGUGUUGUGUGUGGGGGCCUCUUUGUGUGUGUGUGUAGGUGUGUGUUUGCGUGUGUAGGUGUGUGUUUGUGUGUGUAGGUGUGUGUGAAUAUGUGAACGCAGCCUUAAAUCGCUUCAUAUCAGGGGCAUACCAAAGGCCUGCUUAAUUAAAUGUACUGUGAUUCAUUUGAAAUUUGCUCCUAGUGUGAAAACCUUAAGCAGGCUUCACAAAAUGAACUUUUUUGUUUUGUAGCAAAGUUGGGACGGCAAAUGAACUGAUCAAAAUGACCCUUGAACAACAACUUCCAUGAAAGUUUUAAGAUUUAUUUUGCCUCUGGACAUUUGGAUAAAGAACUAAAGAAACCAUUA